GCUUUUUCUCGGGUCCUCAACCCCCAAGGGUAGUAAAAUCUCCCAAAGUCUCAGCUUCGUCCAUUACCACUUCGCAUCGAUUUCGCGCCCCUGACUCACUGAGUCACCUUUCUCAGCUCGCUCCGAGUUCGAAAUCGCCAAAACCUCUCUUGGAGACGAUGAACAAGUCUCCGCGCACGGAUCUACACGUAUUCGAUUUCAAUGAGGAAGAAGAAGAACGACAACAACACAACGAGAUCGCUAAAUUCAGAAGCCCUAUCCUCAAUCCUCCACUCCUUUCUAACCACGACACUCAUGAAAACAAAGUCAAUGCCGAGAACGAUGUUGAUAUUACAUGUGUCGAUGUUGAUACACUUGGUGAUAAAUUCAACUCUGAAAAGAGUGGUUUAGAUCUCCCUCUGGACACAUUGGAAUAUAAGUUUGACAGAAAAGACUCGAAUUCUGAGCUGGAACAUGCUAUAAAAUCAAAUUUCACUAGUCACGAAAAUCACUGUAAUUUUAAAGUAGAUAUUUAUAACCAUGAUGAACCAGAAGCAAAGGAUACAAGUGGUGAGGAAUCACCUCAGACAAGCCAGAUGGAUCCAUCACGGUCACCAUCCAGUAAUGAAUCAGUUGAUGUUAAUUCAGAGGCUGAUGAGUGCAUGAAUGAGAGUGUUCCUUCAAGUCCUGCCUCUGAUAUUGUAGAAAAUGUUUCGUCGAAUGGUUGUGAAUUGAAUGGCAGAUACGGUUACAACAUGGUAAUUCAUAUUCAAGCUUCAAUGGUUGCAUCAGUUGAUGAUGCAAAUAUGGAAGUUGUUCUUCAUCCAGAUUAUGUCAUAUACCAGGAUAAUUACUAUAUGGGGCCAAAGUUAACAUUUUCACAUUAUUGUAUCAAGAUUAAUGUUUCAACUACAUGUAUAAAGCAAGGAGCCCUUGAGCUUGAAUGGCCAGUUGAUGAUCUCGUUGAUAUUAAGUGCAAGUCGUUCCAGAGUAGUGCAACGAUCAUUUUAAAGCUUCGUGUAAUAUCUUGUAAAGCAACUGAGUCAAAUCAAGCAAACACCACUUCAGGCAUUGAGGAAUUGGAGAUUGCGGUUGUUGAUUCCAAUUGGUCUUUGAGGCAUAAACAGAUCACAUCUCUGAAUAUGAAAUACUCAGAUAUUUGGAAAAUUGUGCUUCAUUGCAGUAUGGACAUAGAAGGCAAUGAAAAUUAUUCAGAAGAUCCGAGAAGCUACUUCCCUAAUUUCGUGCAGCCUUUUGACGAAGUAAUCUAUCCAAAAGGGGAUCCAGAUGCUGUUUCUCUAAGUAAGAGAGAUGUUGAUCUCUUGCGGCCAGACACAUUUGUUAAUGACACAAUUAUUGAUUUUUACAUCCAAUAUCUGAAGAGUCAAAUACAAGAUGAGGAGAAGUCAAGAUAUCAUUUUUUUAACAGUUUUUUCUUUCGGAAGCUUGCUGAUAUGGAUAAAAAUCCUGCAAGUGCUUCUGAUGGCAAAGCAGCAUUUCUGCGUGUUCGCAAAUGGACGAGAAAAGUAAAGUUAUUUGAAAAAGAUUACAUCUUCAUACCUGUAAACUUCAAUCUACACUGGAGUUUGAUAGUCAUAUGUCAUCCUGGUGAAGUGGUUAACUUUAAUGAUAAGGAGCGGGACAAGUCACUCAAAGUUCCCUGCAUAUUGCAUAUGGAUUCUAUAAAAGGAAGUCAUUGUGGUCUUAAAAACCUUGUGCAAAGUUACUUGUGGGAAGAAUGGAAAGAGAGGCAUGCAGCUACAUUGGAAGAAGACCUUGAAUCAAGAUUCCUUAACAUGCGUUUUCUUUCCCUUGCGCUGCCACAGCAAGAAAACUCAUAUGAUUGUGGUCUGUUUCUGCUGCACUAUCUAGAGCUUUUCCUUUCUGAAGCUCCUUCUAAUUUCAAUCCAUUCAAACUAACGAAGUUCUCCAACUUUCUAAAUGUGGACUGGUUUCUUCCUGCUGAGGCUUACCUCAAGCGAACACUUAUCCAGAGGUUGAUAUUUGAACUUGUGGAAAACCGUGGCUCACAUGAAAUCUCUUCUUCAGACUGUAGUGAUGAUGACAACAUAUACAUUGAAAAUAACGAGAAUAGAAGUGUUCAACACCCAGAAAUCAAUAGAGAGUCAGCAAAUUCCCAUGCUGGUCAGGGAAUUGAAAUCACUUUACUGCCAGCGUCAUCAUCUUUGGAUCCUCAGUCUUUAAACAACUCAGGCUUGGUUCUUAAGGAUCUUUUUGAGCCAGGGACUUCAGCAGGAACAUUAGUGGGACAAUGCCAAUCUUUUGGCCAGCGGUCUUCUGAUUAUCGAUUCAAUGGUUCUAUAUUUUCAGUGGAGGAGGAUGCAGAUCUUGGCGAACAUUAUAUGUAUUUGACUUCAGAUCCCAACUUCCAGCAAGCAGCAGCAGUUACUCCUCAAGCUUGUUCCUUGCCAUAUUUACCUAGGGAUUAUGGAGAUGACACUUGUCAUAGAUCAGUUACCUCUUUGCAUACUGAGCAUAACAUGGCCGAGUCUUCUUUAGAUGGAUCAAGUGGUGGCUCUGAUGAUUCAGAAGAUGACAUAGGGAUUGUUGAAAAUUGCCCUAUUGGAAAUGAAGCUGACCUUGGUCAAAUAAAUCGUCAUCCACCAAUGAAAAACCCGGAAUAUUUAACAGAUGUUCCUGUCUCUGGUGGUAACAAUUUGCCAAUUGCCUCACUCACCGGAAUUGUUCAAGACUUGAAUACGAAUUGUCAUGGUAACCAGAUCGGAGAUCUCAAGGUCACUUGUGAUGAUGGUCAGAUGAUUGAUGAAAAGGUCACUUGCAACAAUGGCCAGAUGAAUAAUGACAUGGUCACCUGUGACAAUCAUACGGUUGGUGACAAUGUCACAUGUGAGAAUGUUAAGAUGGUUGAUGACUUUGUUGCUUGUGAGGACGGUCCUAUGGUUAAUCACAAGUUCACUAGUGAGGAUGGUGAUGUGGUUGACGACAAGGUCACGUGUGAUGAUCAGAUGGUUGAGGACAAGGUCACUGGUGAAGAUGGUCAGAUGGCUGAUGACAAGGUCGCUAGUGAGGAUGGUCAUGCAGUUGACUACAAAGCUACUUGUGGUGAUGGUCAGAUGGCUGAUGACAAGGUCACUUGUGGUGAUCAGACCGGUGAUGACAAGGUCACCUAUGACAACGGUAAGAUAGUUGAUGACAAGGCCACUUGUGAUAACGAUGGUCAAAUGAUUGAUGGCACGGCACUUGAUAUUUGUGAGGAACAAGCUGCAAAGAGAAGGCGGCUUAUGCCACAGCAAUGUAGAAGUGAGGAAGUUGUGACAGAUUCUGAUUUGUAGAUAUGGAUGGAUGAGUAUUUCUUCUUUGCUUCGUUUCUGAAUUAGUUCUAGGUCUUAGUUUGCCAACAUGUGAAUAGUCUUCUUGCCUAGUGGCGAUUACUCUAUUGACUUUGUUCUCGCCGUUGUUGUUUCUGCAACUUAGCUGUAGAGAUAUCUGCGGCUUUAGGCACAAUUAAAUCUUACAAAGAUAGAAAAUUGUUCGCUUGAUAGAAAA